UAAACUUACUUGACCCCUAGCAUAGAGUGACCUCACCGUAUGCGUUAAAGGGUUAAUAAUAUAGAUAUAGCCUAAUAUUUACAUGAAUAAAUCAGAUGACGCUACUUACUCCUGUUACUGUUACUUAGUUAUUAUAAAUGAAUAUAGCACAUAUGAGUAUAAUAGGACUAAAAAAGUAAUUGGAUUGAGAUUUUAGGAUAAAAGAAGCAAAAACAUAUAAUAUAUCCACAUGCUAGUAUUAUGAGGACACUCAGCCAAUUAUAGGGUUUCACCAGAUAUUAGUAUUUUUUUAAAUAAACAAGUAACAUCUAAGAAAUAUUUUAGGUAACAGGACAGUAUGUUAAUGUUGACAGUUUCAGUCAUCAUUACAGUGUCAUCAAAAAGAAAAUGAGACCACAUGUUUUUGGUAAUUUCUUUGCCUUCAGGAGAUCCAGAUGUUGCAAUAUCAGGUUGAAAAUGCGUCUUGUGGAAUUUUCCCAGUUUUUCAGAGGGUGGAAUGUGUUAAGGCUGGUCCAUGCUCAUGGCUGGAUAUGCAUAAUUUUAUUGGUGACCUUAUGGCUGCAAAUGCUUCGGUCACUGGACAUCCACUGAGAGAGCAACGUACAGAGACAGUGAGUUCUGCUUGGCCCAGAGUAUCUUAUCCUCCCCAGUCCACCUCAUCCAGACAGAGCCAGAUGAAAAGUGCUGUUCAGUUCGGUCUGCAUUCUGAGGAAAGGGAAAGGGAACCCAGAGACCAUGAAAGCAAUGUUCAGCAUCGUGCCUGCACAUGUUCUGGCUGCCCUCUUUCUUCAUCUCUUCCUAAUUCCUCAAUCCACACCCUGAAACCCAGAACCAGCCCAGCCUCGCAGAUCCAUCCACCUUCGUCCCUCCAGUCCACCCCAGCGCAGCAGAUCAAAGAACCCAGCCUUGCUCCUGUCAGCCUGGGCUUGUGUCUAGGUUUGGGUCUCUCUCUGGAAGAGGACAACACAGAGCCCAGCAGCACAUCUGCUCACCCCCAGCAGGAAGACAAAGGCAGCAGCACCCAUAGCCCAAUCCCUCAGACAAAUCCUGAGUCCUCCAGUGCUCCACCGGUUCAGGCCUUUGCGUGUCUAUGCUGCCACUGUGGGUUUCAAACCUGUGGCCAACUUCUACGCCAACAAAAGGACCCAGAGGCACAUGUUCCCCACCACCACUUCCAUCACCACCACCAUCACUGCCCGCUCUCCACCUGCACGUCAUGUACGCUCCCGUCCCUCCCUUGCCUGUCCUGUCAGCGCACCUUCCCCACCUGUGCCCAGCUCCUGCACCAUCAGCAGGGCCACACGCAACAGGAGAGCUUGCAAAAGCUCCCAUGCAUGCACUGCAAUGCUUCUUUCCCUCGGCCAUCGCAAUUGCUGCAGCACCAGCGAACCCAGCAUGCUUCCAAAGGGGGCGGCUUCCUGUGCGGCGAGUGUGGCCGUUCUUUCAACUCGCAUAGCAAUCUGCGCAUCCACCUCAACGUACACACAGGUGCCCGGCCCUACAUCUGUACCGUCUGCGGAAAGAGCUUCAGCCAGUCCGGGGCGCUUAAGAUUCACUGCCGAAUUCACACCGGAGAGAGGCCGUACACCUGUGAUUAUUGCGGGAGGGGUUUCCCUAACUUAGCUGGGGUGAGAGCGCAUCAGCGAAUUCACACGGGGGAGAAACCCUAUCGCUGCGGUCAGUGUGGGAAGUGCUUUACCCAGUCCGGGGCUCUGAAGAUCCACACUCGCAUCCACACCGGCGAGAGGCCUUUCGUGUGCGGCCUCUGUGGGAAGAGCUUUUCAAACCGUUCUGGUAUUCGCUUUCACCACCGCACAGUUCACGGGAUCGUGACGGAGCCCAACUCAGUGGGCAGGCCUAGUCUGGCUGCCUCAGCUUCAUCCUCAGGUUCAGAUUUCCAGAGAGUUCAAGCCCCCGGUCUCAACCAGAUCCAUCUCCAGGAGAUGGAAGAGAGGAGUCUGCCCAGUAAAGAGCAGUUAAGAGGGGAUGGGGACAAAGAGGCCCUUCCGUAUGCCUGCGAGGACUGCGGUCAGCGUUUUCCAGAUGCUCCGUCUAGAAACAGACACCAGACAUUGCAGCACUACUCUAACGAAGAGAGAGAAAAGGAAGAGAGCAGCUCAGACAAAACUAAAGAUUAGACAAAAACAACCAACAUUUCUGACUCCAAAAGAGAGGGAAGAUUAAAGCAACUUUAAUAUGAAAUGUAUUAAAGCCGAUGUUGAGCCCAUUUGAAACCUGCUGAUAUCGGUCCCCUCGCACUGUUAAGUCAUGAUGUAAGAAACAUUGUUUGUGUCCAAGACGCUAUACACUUUAAUUGAGAAUGCUGUCUAAUUUAUACCAUACAUUUAAGCUAAGCUUUUAAAAACUGCCAGUGUACACUACAGUCUCUGGGCGCACAGUGUGCAGGACAAGUAUUUUAUUGAUUCAUAAAAGAUGAAUCACUGUCUAGCCAUCUAUGAUUUUGGUAUGGUGAUAAAGCUUAGGAUCUUGAAUUUUUUGAAGUAUUACAGCACACUGUGAGUGUACUGAAUACUGUCAUCAUAUGUUGUUUGCUUUUGGCCUCUGAUAGAGCGUUUGGACCCGGAAAUGCUGGCGUGUGACGUCAGACGUAACAUUCUUGUUUUGAUCACGUAAGAUUCUUUUGCCGGUGAUUUGUGCCUUUAAAAAAGUACAGUUGUGACAAUCUGUAUUGUGAAACUGCACCUUAAAUUUUAAACAAGUAGCUUUGCCUAUCAGUAUUAUGGUAUUUUGUGCAUAAACGUUACCAAACCUGUGCUAGUUUUUCCACCAUCGGGCCGAAAGGUUACCAAAAGCAAAGAGAAGAAGGCUUGUUAGCAAAGCUCAUGAGUCUCCAUGUCACUAAAGCAGUUCUACAAGCAUGAUUCUCCUGGCCUGAGGACGGUUGGAUAGAUGUGCUGAGAAAUACACAAAUGGAAUGGUUUGUAUUUGUACUUUGUACUUAAUGAGACUCGUAUCACAACUGGUAUCGCUAACAGCCAUUCAGCCUGAUAAUGGAAAAGUGCUUUAUUUUACAUUUAUAUACUGUAUAUUUGUA